UCGUCUAUAAGUUCGCCACCGUAGAAUAAUUUUCAUUAAAUUUUUAAUCAAUUUAUUUUUAAUUAAUUUAUUUUUAAUCAAUUUAUUUUUAAUUAAUUUUAUUAUGUUUUAUUCCAAUUGCAUUAGCUUCUGUCGGGUUUGAAUUUUUUGCAAAGUCUCUGCUGUCCAACAAGCAGUUAAAAAAGUUCUGAACAACACAAACAACAGUUGAAUGGAAAUAUGAUGGAAGAUGGUGCUUCACUAGUUGAUUACAGUGCCUGCAAUGGCACAGAGACAACAACAAUAACACUGUCAACAACCGAAACAACAACAACAACAACUCAGACAACAGAGCAGACGUCUAGCCGGACAGAAAUUCAAAUGUCUGCAGACCAAAAUAGAAUUCCAGAGAAGGGUAACAUCUCUCCGACUGAACUUUUACGAGGGGAUGGAACACUACCACCAAUGCCCUGGUUCGGCAUGGACAUCGGCGGCACCCUCACGAAGUUGGUGUACUUUGAGCCCGCGGACGCAGAGGAAACCUACCACCAACAGAACAUCGGACGGAGGAGGAGGACCAAGUCUGUGGCCAGUGAACAUUGGGAAGUUCUGCAGAGGAUUCAUAGGUACUUGGUAGGGAACGUAGCCUACGGUGAAAACGGCAUCCGGGACAAGCACCUAGCCCUACCCGUGCAAAAUUUCGGCGGAUGUUCCGGAACGUUCCACUUCAUUCGAUUCCCGACCGUCGAGAUGAAAGCGUUCGUCCAAUUGGUUCGCGACAAAGACCUCAGAAGCCUGGCCACCAGCAUCUGUGCCACUGGCGGUGGGGCCUACAAAUUCGAGUCGGAUUUCAGGGACCAAGUUAACCUGCAGCUGCACAAAUACGACGAACUCGACUGCCUCAUUCAGGGCGUGCACUUCAUCUACAAGCAGAAUCCAAGGCUGGAGUGCUACUAUUACGCCAAUGCUCUGGAGACUGACAACUGCGUGCUGAAGCAUUACGACUUCAGUGACCCCUACCCAUACUUGAUCGUCAACGUGGGCUCAGGGGUCAGCAUGCUCACCGUAAGGUCGCCCACCCAGUAUAAGAGGGUCUGCGGGUCAAGUUUAGGUGGGGGUACUUUUCUUGGGCUGUGCUGUCUGCUGACUGGCUGCGAGACCUUCGAAGAGGCCAUACAACUGGCUACCGAGGGUGAUAAUUCAGGUGUAGAUAAGUUUGUGAGAGAUAUCUAUGGUGGGGAUUAUGAAAGGUUUGGUCUUCCGGGUGGAAUUGUUGCUAGCAGCUUCGGGAACAUGAACUGCUCGUACAGACGGGGGCAGGUGGACAGGUGCGACCUCGCCAGGACCACCCUCGUCACCAUCACCAACAACAUCGGAUCCAUCGCUCGCAUGUGUGCCGUCAAUGAGAAGAUAGAGAGGGUGGUGUUUGUGGGGAACUUUCUGAGGGUGAACACCAUCUCCAUGAAGCUGCUCUCCUACGCCAUGGACUACUGGAGUGAGGGCACCAUGAAGGCCCUCUUCCUCAAACAUGAGGGAUACUUUGGAGCGAUGGGUUGCAUCAUGCAGCUGAUAAAAUCCGGAUCAUCUUCUUCCUCCAUCACAACCAUCAUCACCAUCACAACCACCACUACCAUCAUCAUCAUCACAAACACCAUCAUCACAAUCACAACCACCAUCAUCACAACCACCAUCACAACCACCAUCAUCACAACCACCAUCACAACCACCAUCAUCACAACCAUCAUCACAACCACCAUCAUCACCUACACAACCAACAUCGUUAUCAUCACCUUCAUAACCAUUAUAAUUAUAAUUAUCAAUAUUAUUAUUAUUAUAAUUAUUAUUACUUCACAACUCCUCCAUCACACGAAAAAGACUUACACAAACAUACACACACACAAACGAAUAUUGCGUUGUAUAUAUUGUAUGUGUAUAUAUAUAUAUAUAUAUAUAUAUAUAUAUAUGUGUAUGUGUGUGUAUAGUAUAUAUAUAUAUAUAUAUAUGUAUGUAUAUGGUAAUAUAAUAUAUAUAUGUAUAUAUUGCAUUUAUAUAAUAUAA